AUGGGAGCCUCCAGCGAGGACGAGAUUGACACCUAUCGGCUAUUACGAGGAAUAGCUUGUCAGGUUAGGGAAGAAAUGAGACGGGAUUUUGGGGGAACAAGUUAUCCACCAGUGCACCAGAGUUGCACUAUUAACCAAUUCACACAUCUGAAACCCUCGUCUUUUGAGGGUGGCACCAAUCCAAUAAAGGCUGAGAUGUGGAUGCAAGAAAUGGAGAAAAUUUUGGUAGUAUUAAAUUGUACUGAGGAGCAGAAGGUCCUCUUUGCCACCUUUAAGCUGGUCGGAGAAGCCGAACGGUGGUGGCAUGCGAUGAAAUUGUUAGAGGAACAGCGGGUGGUACCAAUAGCAAUGACCAGGGUCAUUUUAAGCAGGUCUUCUAUGACCAAUAUUUUCCUGCCACCACUAGAAAUGCAAAGGUGGAAGAAUUUUUUCAGCUUGACUCAGGGACGCUUCACUAUUCAGCAGUACGCCGCUAGAUUCUUGGAGUUGUCUCGUUUUGCACCUUCUGUGAUUCAGGAAUUCACGGAAUUGGUGGAGAAAGCUACGGUGGCAGAGUUUAGUCUACAGAGGAGUACAGAGGCUUUUGAGCGAAGGAAAAGGCCUGCGUCUCCACGAUCCCAAUCAAAUGUCAAGAAAGGGUUGUGGAGGGGAGAUAGAGAUGUUUUGGGCCAGGGGUCAGAGAGAAAGGAUCAGGGACGGCAGGGUGAUUCGUCACGUCCCCACUGCCCUAGGUGUAAUCAGCGACAUUGGGGGGAAUGCCGAGGCAGGAGUGUUAUAUGCUACAGGUGUGGCAAACAGGGUCACAUUGCUCGGGAAUGUCGGGAACCGCCAAGUAAUGCACUUGUACCAAACCAAAAUCAGAACUAA